CUGAGUUUGCCGCUGCCACCGAUUCUGGAACCAAUAUCAUGGAUUAUUGGAUACUGGGAAACUGAAACUAUUGCUGGUGAUCGAUUUCCGGUUUCGUUCCAGUACCCUUACAAAGAAGUUUUAGACAUCUCUAUUUCUGAGGUCCCAAUGUUUGAUCGCCCUCCGGUUAAUGUCUCUGUUCUAGCCUAUACAAGUGAAGGAUCAGUGCAUAGCGAAGUUGGUUUCAUGACUGGAAAGCCAUUCCAUGAGGCUACCGGUUUUGCGGAAUACAAUAAAUCCUCUCACGGAACGGAUCAAGUCGCUAUUGAAAUGGUCAGUAAUACAGUAAAUCCAGGAAUCACAACGAUCGAGGAGGGCGAAUUACACAAUGGUGAAAUUGUGCUUAAACUGAAAUAUAAACGAGCUGUUCCGCCAGCACUUUAUUAUCUCCCGAGAAAGUCCCGGCGAAGCUUCAAACUGCAAGGCUGGAAUAUUCUGGUAGAGAAAACAUACGUUGAAGAAUCGACAGGUGUCAUUCGAAAAUGGAUUAAGAGGUACCGAAGGACUAAAGACUACUUGGCACAGUACUGA